GCAUUGGCCCUAGGUAAGCAACGAUCAAUCAACCAAACUUCGUUGUUUGUUUAUGUUCGCUAUUCACAUUUUUUGGCAAGCAUAGUUCUCCCGAUGUCGUCUUCUGUUGUGCUACUACCGAUUUGUACUUUGUUUACUUCUAUUUUUUUGGGAUACUAAUGUGGUUUGCUGACAAUCCCGCCGGUUGUGUUAGUUUUGGGUGUAAUUCAACUUGUGUUAUGAGUUAAUCUUCCGCCGAAUUUCCUAUGUCAUUAUUAUGUAGUUAAGGCCAAUAUACAAAUCCACCAAGAUGAGACUCUUCUCAGCCAAAUCAGCGCAGCUAUCUUUGUUUCUCGAGGACAUUAUGCUCCUUUAUCGCAAUGAAACCACGACAUUGUUACGCCGCUACAUCUCUGCCCGGUGUCGACGGCAGAGGCGUAAGAUUGUUGAGCAGGCGCGGCGACAUAGCGUGCUCAACAAGAUUCCUACACAGUUGAAGUACUUAGACCGGUUACUAGAUAUCACAAAUUCUGCCUGUGUAUCCAAUUUACGCAUGGACCGUAACACGUUUGGUAGGUUGUGCCGUUUACUUUCCGAGAUUGGGGGUUGACAGUAGGUAAAUGCCUAGGAGUUGAAGAGCAAACGGUAAUUUUUUUGUCUGUGUUGGCACACCAUCAGAAGAAUCGAGUAGUAGGAAAUUCUUUUUGGCGUUCAGGUGGGACUGUAUCGUAUUACGUUCACAAGGUACUUGCUGCUGUACUUAGCCUUUAUCCUGUGCUCCUUGUGAAGCCGGCACCCGUUUCGGAUGAUUGUACCGACCCUCGUUGGAAGUGGUUUAAGGUAAUACAUUCACAAAUGUAUAGCCUGAUGUUAUAUAAACUUCGAUUAUAUAUAUUUUUUAGUCUUCCCAAAUAAUACAUUGUAUCCUUUGAUUUGUGCAACUGAAGGGUUGUCUUGGCGCGCUGGACGGCACACAUAUUAGUGUAUUAGUACCGAAUGAUGACAAACCACGUUACAGAUCGAGGAAAUGGCAGAUAGUAACAAAUGUUUUAGCCGUUUGUGAUCGUCAAAUGCAGUUUGUGUACUUGCUCCCUGGGUGGGAAGGUUCUGCAGGAGACUCCCGCGUCUUGAAGGAUGCAGUUUCCCAUGCUGGUGGGCUUAAAGUACCGCAAGGUUGCUAUUACCUUUGCGAUAAUGCUUACGCAAAUUGCAAUGGGUUCCUCACACCCUUCAAGGCAGUACGCUAUCAUCUCAAGGAGUGGGGUCCUGACACUGAAGCUCCCCAAAACCUGAAAGAAUUAUUCAACAUGCGACAUACCAAAGCGCGCAAUGUGAUUGAACGCGCAUUUGGAGUUUUGAAGAUGCGGUGGGGCAUUCUAAGGAGCGCCUCAUUUUAUCCUAUAAAAACGCAUAGUAGAUAUCCAAGACGAGCAUUCACCGGCAUGCCAAUGAAAACUUCAAGACGUUGAGGUUUGUCUCCUAGAAUAUUGCACAGACGGUAUCGUUGGGACAGCGUGAGGCCUUCAACGGUGCCGAGCUUGUCAAAGACUUCCUGUCGUGCUUGGCCCAUGUCGAACUCAUACCCUAUGCGCUUAGAAAUCAUCUCAAGACGCGCAUCUGUUCUCUCGUGGAGGUUGCCUAGGAACUCCAUAAGCUCAGAGUCGGGUGACGACUUUUUGAGCUUUCUGGGUACUGGUUUGCUAGUUGACUUAUGUUUCCCAGAGUUGUCGGAGCUGUCAUCAGGUACCUCAUUGAUGUUGGACAAAGGUGUAUACGGUUCGGGUAUGAAAUCCUCAAAAGAGGGGUGGUAGUCGUUUUCAUUAACCUGACUGCUACCAGAAACUUGAGCACGGAGACUUUUCGCAGAUGCGCCUAUCUCUUCAGCAGCCAUCCCUGAAGCA